UUUCACUCUGUAUUUCCUCUCUUUAUCCCUCUUCUCUCUUUUCCCCACUCCUUUGGGCUCUGGCCAUCUAACUCACCUUGGCAUGGUUGAACCUAGCCAAGUACAAGCAAAUAUUUCACCACCUCUCCCCGGAAUUUUCCCCUCUGAGCACGUUAGAACCUCCAAGUUCACUAGGCAUUAUGCCAAUCUUUGGGGUUCACAGCACCAAAAUGUAUCCAAAGAUAACUCUUCCGUUACUCUUCGAAUCGAUCGAUAUUCUGGAAGCGGGUUCAAAUCAAAGAAGAGUUACAUGUACGGCUUCUUCAACGCUGCCAUCAAACUUCAGAGUGGAUACACGGCCGGGAUCAUAACUUCUUUCUACUUGUCGAAUAACCAGGUGUACGAAGGGUGGCAUGAUGAGGUGGACAUGGAGUUCUUGGGCACAAUCACUGGUGAGCCCAUCAAGCUCCAGACCAAUGUGUAUGGCAACGGCACCGGAGAUGGGACCGGGAUGCAGGGAAGGGAGCAGCAUUUCCACCUUUGGUUCGACCCAACUGCUACCUUCCAUAAUUACAGCAUAUUGUGGAGCCCUCAUCAGAUACUGUUUUUGGUGGAUGACAUCCCAAUACGGCGUUUUCCAAGGGUUCGGGCUCUUGGGCCCAAGUACCCAUCCAAGCCCAUGUCCGUGUAUGCCACCAUAUGGGAUGCUUCAGAUUGGGCCACAGAUGGGGGCAAAUACAAAGCAAAUUAUACUUAUGAGCCCUUCUAUGCCACUUACACUAACUUCAAGCUUCGUGGAUGCCAAAAGAAGAGAUGCUCUCAUGCCCUUGACUCUCUCAUCCCACCAAAGCCCAACAAGCAAUUUAGGGAGUCUUUGAAGUUUGUGAGAGAAAAUUAUAUGGUUUAUGACUACUGCCAAGAUCUCCAAAGGUACCCCAACAGAUUGCCUGAGUGCCCAUCCUUGAAGCGCUGGUAAAUUAUUGAUGAAUUAGGAAUCAGGCUUGCACUGGUAAAUUAAUGAUGAAUUAAGAAUCGGGCUUGGGUCAAGAUAGUAGAGGCUGUGUUUUCACAGCACCACGUCGCAAGCACCAUUCCUGUGCAACCAACCUUGUCAAAAAAAGAAAGAUGAUGAAUUGAGUUUGUAUUAGCGUUUGGGUUUUGGCUAAAUAAGUUUGUAUUAGCAUUUUUUUUUCAUGAGUAUCCCCUUUUAUGUAUUUAUAAGGGAAUUGUCAAUGUUCAUUACUGUAAUUUCAAUGUUGGUUCUCACUCUACAGGAGAAUUUUACAUGCAAAAAAUUAUUUAUGCUUAGUAGUUUGCGUUUGAUGGACAAUAGUCAGCUUAUUCAUAAGCAAAAAUAUAAGGGAAAGUUUUG